AUGGCCGGCCCGAGAGCACGGUCAAGCAGCGUCCGCAGGGCUCGCGGCCUUUCGAUUGGAGAGGAUGGCAAGCCGGUGCCGCUCAAGCGUUGGGAUGGUGCCAGCAAAACGUGCAGGGACUGGGACGAGCUACGAAGAGAUCCCGAGAUUUGGGAGCGCAACGGCAACUGCCUCGUCCACCUUUAUGCCAAGGGUGAUUCGAAGCGCGGGCCGUCUUUCAAGCUGCCCUUUGCGGCUCUGCUGUUAGCCGGCUGCCUUCCGCUCCUCGAGAGAUUCCUGGUACUGGAGGGUCUUGCGUCUAGGACGGCAGAGGAGAUUGAGAGGUGGGAUCAGCUGCAUCCUAGGUCGACGGCUGAGCUGUAUAUUCCGGCCCCCCUCCAUGCCACCGAAAAGCAGGCACAGCGCUAUCAUCUGUCUUUCCGAAAUCUCUUUGCGUGGGUUCUAGGGAGGCCAAUCGUCGGCGAGAAUCUGGGAAGCGCACUCGUCACACUCUUCCAAUCCAUGCGCGAGUUCAGAUCCUCUCCGGAAAGCAAUGUGGAUGAUUUGCUCAAGUAUAUGCGCCACGCGCACUACCUCAACAUGGCCGAAAUGCCUGUCCACGCCACCGCGGCCCUUUACCUGGCAGAAACAUUUCAGCUGAAUGAUUUGUAUAGACAGGCCUUUGCUCAUUGCGUUGGCAUGCAUGACCGCCUGUUUUCCACUUCAGAGUACCAGCUUAUCAGCGCGGUAUCGCGAACACUCGUCCGCAGGGCACGCUUGGAAAUGAACGCAAUGUUGCAGCAGACAUCCAAUAGACUGAGGAGCUUCCUCGACGAAGAAUUAUCGGAAACGAAUCUAGGAAUUCCAGCCGGGACCCGCGCCCACCUCGACAGGUUCCGAAGCUUUCUGCUGUCUUUUUACUCAGCCAAGUUCGGCUACUAUCCUCCCAAGUCAUAUAGCGCAGAUGUACUCAGCAUAAUGGCGGAGGAUUUUGAUGCCCUAUACGAGCUUCUCGUGGAUAACAGCUACACCGCAUCGGACAUGAUACCAUCAACGGCGGUCGGCGGCAUCUGUACUGAGCAGCUAGUCCAGACAUUCAACGAGAACAACAACUUCGAACCCUUGCCGCAUCCGCUACCUCAGCUGCCUCAGCUCGAGGCUCCUAGUGAUGGGCUCCGCCGCCUCGCAAAGUUUCCAUUUGUUGAAAAGGUCGUCCCCGGACAGCGGUUGGUAACGAUUACGGCUCUAGUCACGGCAUCCAACUGGACAGAAAGGUGUUUCAAGAACAACCUCGUACAGGCAUACCGCAGAUUUGAAGAGGAUGCCAUUCUUUCCCCCAGCAAGGUCGACAAGAACGAGAAGAUUUCUCUGCUCGAGGCUCGCAAGGUGCGAUGGAUCCUGGUUUAUGCAGUCCACCAAGUUCUGCGCAGUGCAACACGAAAACCGGCAGAGGUGCGGGGCGAGGAGACGUCUUACCACCUCACGGUCUCGAUGAAUGGCACCCCUCCGUGGUCAUCAGCAUCUCACGAGACGAAGAAGCCCCUGCGGAUCCAAACAGACAUUGUGGCCGAUGACGGCCUCGUGACCAGGCGGGCCAUCAAGAUACAGGAAACUCCAGUGGAAAGGCUAGAGAUCAAGCCUGACAUUGACUACUUCGCAUUGACGCACAGCAAGAGCCGCAAUCCAUCCAUGUCGACUCUGUCGGACAGCUCGUCUCCUGCGACUCUUUCUCGGUCAAGCUCUCUUUCCAACUGCCUGAGGCGCAAUUCAACCAUCCGCAGGUCGCUGAGGAAAUUCAGGAGGAGCUCCAUGUCGGCAUCGCAGCCGUCGACGCCGCCGGCGCCGGCGAAACCAUUGUACCACGAGAUUGUCGUACAAGGCUAUGGAAACGGGACACAAGCAGUCACGGUAGAGCCGGAGGAUGAGGGGCUGAUGAUGAAGGGCGCACUGGCGGGCCGGAGCGAUUCGACGGCGUCGUCUCAAUCGAACUCGAGCUCGAGCACCACUGCCUCGUCAGUGCCCGAGAGCAUGAGCAGCACGAUUGACACGCUUUCCACGAGCGCGCUGUCCAGUCCCACGACGCCCACGACGGAUGCCGCUCUGGAGCUGGAGACGAUGCUCGCCCGCUGGGGCCCACAAGACAAGGCGCCGGUAAGACUGGAUCUGCCGCGUUCGGCAUCAGCCAGCGCCAUUUCCGGCAAACUGGGGAGCUUAGCGGCGGGGCUCCACAGCCACGCCGGAGCGGUUGAUAGGAAAGAAGACGUCAAGAGAAAACGAAGAAGUCUUGAGCCCGCGCGGUCGGCGCCGGCGCCAGCCGCUCUGCAGCGACGCUACACGAUGCUUGGAGACCUUCGACGGAAGAAUUUUGGGUUUGAAGCCAAGAACAUCUCGGUCCGGAUCCGUGAAAACAGCAUCAGCGAGGAAACGUGGACUCCCAGCCGGAGGGAUUCCGAUGAUUGGUCCAUCAUGCUAGCCUUUAUGGAUGGGACUGAGACAGAGGCUCAAGCUAAUACGAACGACGCCUGGGCACAAUAUUCUGAUUUAGGAGGACUCACUGAUAUGAGUUAG